AUCGUCAUCACUUUAUCAGAUAUUCUCUCUCUAUCUACACUUGAUACUCCAUUAGUCUUGAUUUAUAUACCAAUCUGCAUAUAUAUUAUAUAUAAGUUUUAGUAAUACAGGAUUACAGGCGUAUAUCUUGUAGUGUUGCUAGACGACUUCCGGAAAUGUCGUCAAGCUUCAUGAGGAGCGGUGGGAGUGACGCCUCGCCUCAGCCGGCGCCACCCGCGGCCGUCAACGGCGGGGAGUUCCUUCUCCAAUUACUCCAGAAUCCUCCGAAUCACCCUCCGGCUGCUGCUCGACCUGUGCCUCCGCCGCAGGCCCUACAGCACGAUCCGGCGGUUGCGAGAGUGGGGCCCAGUGUGCCGUUCCCGCCAUUCUACCAGCCGCCGUCCACUGCUCACGAUCUCGCCUUUGCUCCUCCGUGGCAGCAGCAGACUCCGCCUCCCGCUGGUACGCCCAUAUUUGCUCCCCACAAUUUCUUCCUGCAAGGGUUUGCCCAAAGCCCUAACCCUAAUUUCUCAUUAAGCCCGGCUGGCUUCCAUCAAGCCCAGCACCACAAUCCCCAACUAGGUCAUAGCUCGCCUAUAGAACAUGCUCACAAAGUUGGACUUUUGGAAUCAAACUCCAAGCCUCAUUCGGCUCGUGUGCCGGAGCAAAAUCUCGUCUUUGGCUCUUUGAACAUGGGUAUGCUACACAGUGAGGGUUUAUUAACUGAAAAAUCGAACGAAACUGUUACUCGAGACCCUGAAGUUGUGAGUUUAAUUCGCAAGGAGAGAGAACCCAAUAUCAGGAAUGCUGGUAGACUGAAUGGUUUAGAGACUCAGUUCAAUGAUUUGUCUCUUUUGAACCGAUACCAACAAGGAAAUUCUGGUGUUUUAAGGGGUCACGAGCAAGGUAGGCAUGGUGCAGGGCUAUGGGGAGAGAAUGGUGGUGGGUGGGAACCUCCACCAGGUGUUUUAAGGGGUCAUGAGCAAGGUAGGCGUGGUGCUGGUGCAGGGCAAUGGGGAGAGAGUGAUGGUGGGAGGAGGGAACCUCCACCAGGUUUUGCAAAUAUGUCUAGGAUAGGAGGAAGUAAGGAACCCAUGGUUGGGAGGAGAGGUUUUGAGCAUGGUAUGGAUAUGGGGAAGGGCAACCGCAGUGAGGUGAAUCAUAGGGGUUUUGGAUUGGUUAAUAGAAAUGAGAGGGAUAGGAGAUACAUGCGUAACAAUGGUAAGAGCUAUAGUGAUGUUUCUGAUGAUCAAAGGCUUAUUAGUCAGAUUGAGCACCCUGCUCUGCCCUCAGGAAGCAAACUACCUGCUGUUCCAGCUUUUGAUUUUGAGGAUUCUCUGCUGGGAAUACAAGGUGGCAAUGGUGAAAGUAGGGGAGAAUCCAGAAAUCAGGCUAAGGAUAAAAUGAGGACAGCUCAAGAUGAAUUCCAGAGUGUAGAAGAUCUAGAAGAGCAGCCUCCAAGUUCUCUUGGAAUUGAAGAUGAAUCGGAUGAGAGAAGUAAGAAGAAACGUUUUGGAUCUCGUGAAAAGGACAAUAGAUCUGAUAGCAGAGGGCAAUGGUUACUUCCCCAGAAGAAGAGGAUAUUGAAGAGUCUGGUUGAAUGCCGUAGUGAUAUAAACUGGUAUAGUGCUCCCUUCCUUGAUAUUUAUCAGUCACUGAUACCUACUGAGGAAGAAAAGGAGAAGCAAAAGCAAUUAAUGAUGCUGUUAAAGAAAAUUGUUACUAAAGAAUGGCCUGAUGCUGAGCUCCAUCCUUAUGGAUCAUGCACCAAUUCAUUUGGGUUUUCAAAAAGUGACGUUGAUAUUUGCCUCGCAAUUGAUGACAAGGAUAUUAACAAAUCAGACAUCAUACUAAGGCUUGCUGAGUUAUUGGAAGCUGAAAACCUCCAGAAUGUGCAGGCAUUGACACGUGCCAGGGUGCCCAUUGUCAAGCUUAUGGAUCCUGGAACUGGUAUAUCUUGUGAUAUAUGUGUGAACAAUUUGCUGGCUGUUGAAAAUACAAAGCUGCUUCGGGACUAUUCACAGAUAGAUGUGAGAUUAAGACAGUUGGCUUUUAUUGUCAAACACUGGGCUAAAUCAAGAGGAGUGAAUGAGACUUAUCAUGGGACACUAUCUAGCUAUGCGUAUGUUUUGAUGUGCAUUCAUUUGUUACAGCAGCGAAGGCCUGCCAUCCUCCCCUGCCUACAGGGAAUGGAACCUACAUACUCCGUCACUGUAGAUAAUGUUGAAUGUACUUACUUUGAUAAAAUUGAAGAGUUCCGUGGCUUUGGAUCAAAGAACAGAGAAAGUCUUGCUCAUUUAGUAUGGGCGUUCUUCAACUAUUGGGCCUAUUGCCACGAUUAUGCAAAUGAUGUCAUAUCUGUACGCACAGGACGCAUAGUGAGCAAGCGGGCUAAGGAUUGGACUAGAAGGGUAGGAAACGAUCGUCACUUGAUAUGCAUAGAAGAUCCAUUCGAGGUUUCCCAUGAUCUUGGUCGAGUGGUCGACAAGUUCAGCAUAAGAGUUAUAAGGGAAGAGUUUGAACGUGCAGCAGAAAUAAUGCAGCAUGAUGCAAACCCUUGUGUUACACUCUUUGAACCCUAUGUUGCAAGCUGAUCAGAAAUGGGUUGUGUUGUAAAUAACUCUCUAGUUUCCUGCUGCUUUUGGUAAUGUAUUUAGGGUUUUUUUUUUUUUUUUUUGGCUAUAUUAUUAUUAUUAUUAUUAUCCGAAACAUCGAUAUAUAGCUGUAAAGCUUGGAAGAUACUCACUUUGGAUAAUGCAUUCAAUCUUUGCUGUUUA